UCAUCUUGCUAGGGAUGGAAUUAGAAGCAAUGGCCAGAAGAGGGCAGGCUUAACAUCUAUAUGUUAACAGCAGUUACAGCACAGAAUCUUCCACAUCUAGUGUUGAAUCUCUCCUCCCCCUGGCUCAGUGAUUCUCCCUCCCAUCUUUUUCCUCAAACACAAAGAAGAGCUUUUGCUGCUGCUGUUCUCAUAAGAGAAUUGUACGGAUGUUUUGUUCAUUGAUAUAUUAUUAUUUAGAACUGGAAAGACUAAUCUAUAAACUAAAGGCAUUUGGAUUAAAUUGGAUCUAUGCUACUGCAAAUAUCAAGAUAUGGACAUCAGAGACUGCUAUCUGUGUUGGAAAUGGCAAGUAGCAUUCUCCCUUCUCCUUUGUAGCUGGGGCUGGGUCUCUGGGCAGCUUCGUUAUUCUAUUGUGGAGGAGUCUGAUCCAGGGACAUGGGUAGGAAAUGUAGCUCAGGAUCUGGGCAUAAAACGUGCAGAGAUUGCUCAGCGCAGAUUACAUUUAUCAUCUGAGAAAUACCAAAGAUAUUUUACUGUAAACAAGGAAAAUGGAGGUUUGACUGUUAAUGACAGGAUUGAUAGGGAAAUCCUGUGUGGAUCCAUUGUGAUCUGUGUGUUACGUUUAGAGGUGAUUGCCGAAAAUCCUUUAGAGCUAUUUAAUCUAGACAUAGAGCUUCAAGAUAUCAAUGAUAAUUCACCUACAUUUUUGAUGAAUGAACAUAUUAUUGAAAUUACAGAAUUAGUAACAAGCCCUGGUGCUAGGUUUGCUUUGGAAAUCGCAGAGGAUUUAGAUGUAGGUAUCAAUGGUGUAAGUCAGUAUACCUUAAGUAAAAAUUCAUUUUUUUCAUUAUCUGUAAAGAAUCAUAAGGAUGGCACUCUCAUCCCUCAGCUGAUAUUAGAGAAGAUGUUAGAUAGGGAAGAAAAACAAGAACACAAUCUUAUCCUCACUGCUAUAGAUGGUGGAGAGCCAUCUAGAUCAGGAUCCUGUCAUAUAAUAAUAAAAGUCUUAGAUAUUAACGAUAAUCCACCAGUUUUUGAUCAAUCAAUAUAUAAAAUCAGACUGAGGGAAAAUCUGUCUAUAAACACAGUAAUACUAAAAUUAAAUGCAACAGAUCUAGAUGACGGUGCAAAUGGAGAAAUUGAAUAUUUCUUUGACAGUCACACAUAUAAAUCUGCUAAAAAAAUAUUUGGUUUGAAUGGUCUGAAUGGAGAAAUUUACAUUAAUGGGACAGUGGAUUAUGAAGACAUUGUUUUUCAUGAAUUAUCUAUAAAAGCAGUAAACAAAGGACUUCCUAAACUGGAAGGUGACUGUCUGGUUCAAAUAGAAGUAGAAGAUGUGAAUGACAAUUAUCCUGAGAUUUCUUUUGCUUCUAUAGCAAAUGAGAUACCUGAAAAUUCACCCCUGGGAACUUCUGUGGGAUUUAUUAAUGUGGGAGACAAGGAUUCAGGGAAAAACGGAGAGAUUCAUUUAGAAUUAUCUCCCAAUAUUCCGUUUAAAAUCAGAACUAGUAAGAACCGUUACUCACUGGUCACUGAUGGGAUUUUGGAUAGAGAAAAAAUAUCAGAAUAUACUAUAGAGCUGAUAGCUACUGAUUUAGGAUCUCCAGCUCUGUCCAGUAAGACAAAUGUUAUCCUCAGGGUUUCUGAUGUAAAUGAUAAUGCACCAAUAUUUUUACAGUCUGCUUGUAAUGCUUUUAUAAAGGAAAACAGUGACCCAGGAACUCUUCUAUGUACAGUGUCUGCUACUGAUGUAGAUGAGGGGGUUAACUCUGAUCUGGUGUACUCUAUAGUGGAGACCCAGGUAGGUGGAACCUCUGUAUCCUCUUUUGUUUAUAUCAGUUCUAAUAAUGGUGAUAUAUAUGCUCAGCGUUCCUUUGACUAUGAGCACAUUCAGACUCUACAAAUCACCAUAAAAGUAGAGGAUUCUGGAUCUCCAAAGUUAUUUUCUACUGUCCCUGUCUUUAUAUUCAUAUUGGAUACAAAUGACAACUCCCCCACCCUGCUGUAUCCGGAGCACUCUGAGGAUCUCAUUGUCCAAGAGAGGAUCCCAAAAUCUACAAGUGCUGGAUAUCUGGUGACAAAACUGACUGCGGUGGAUCUGGACUCUGGUCACAAUGCCUGGUUGGCCUUUAACCUAAUAGACCCUGACAGUUCUUCGCUGUUCCAAGUUUCUAAACAUACAGGAGAAGUACGGACUGUGCAAGAAUAUCAGGAAAUAGAAAACAGAGAGCAGCAAAUUGUUAUCUCUAUAAAUGAUCAUGGGGACCCUCCAUUAUCUACAACUGUCACAGUUCUUGUCAGUAUAGCAGAUAAUGUUGUAAUGGAAAGACCCAAAUCUGGGAAUUUUCUCACAAACGCCAAACCACCAUCAGAUAUGACUUUAUAUUUAAUUGUUUCUCUUGUAGCUAUCAGUUUAGUUUCCCUUGUCACAUUCAUUAUAUUGUUAGUGAAAUGUUUAAGGAAGGAAAGUUAUGGUUAUAGUAGCAGUUGCUGUUAUCUGAGUGGGUCUGACACCAAACCAUACAUGGAUCAGUAUCAGCCGGCUCUUUUCCUGAACACAUGGAACCCUAAAAUACAUGGAGGUCAGGAUGGUUCCUCCAGGGGGACAAGGACAAUGUUACCAAACUAAUGUGCCCCCAGCCUCACAACAGCGGGAUUCCACUUUUUUUCAGGCUCUGGAUUUUCCUCAGUUACGGGAACUAGUUAAAGACAAUGAUAGUAC